GAAGAAGACGAUAAGAAACGUCAGCUCUUUUAAGAAAGAAAACAGUUAAAAAAUAUCACAUCACAAAUAGUAUCUAGUCCAUGAUUAAGUAGUGUUUAUUAGUGCUAUAUCUUUGUUUUAUUUAAAUAUUUUACAUGUAACUGUUUAUCAAGUAUACUAAGUAUCAACUAACAUCAAAGUGAUUCAUAAGUUAUGUUUAAAUAAUCUCCUGUUUUCUCCAGGACAUUCCAUCACGAAUUGGAAUUUUAAUUAUUACUGAUAAUAUUCAAGUCUAUUAAUAAUGUGGAUGCCUACUCAUGUUCAGGUUACAGUUCAAAAAGCUGAUGGAUUAUUGCUCAAGGGUAAAAACAGUACCAAUGAUUGUUUUGUCACAAUUGCCUUGGGUAAAAUAAAAUACCAAACAUCAGUCAAAGAAAAAUCUGGACCACAAGUGGAUUGGCAUGAAGAAUGUGAACUUCCAAUACCAGACCAAGGCAAUACAGCUGAAAUUAUUCUGACUGCUCUACAUCAUAAUUUUCUUGGUGUGGAUGAAUUUUUAGGACGUGUGGCGAUACCAUUAAAUAGUUUAGACAUAUACGAGAGACCAAAGAAUAAAUGGUACCCAUUAAAAAGCAAACCAGGAAAAGAGGGAAAAAACAAGGAACGAGGCAAAUUGGAAGUUAAAAUACAAUUUACUGUACGGGCUGGAAGUUUAACAAACUUAAGCAAAAAAGAAAAGCAUAAGUCUUCUAUUGGUCAUGUUGCUCAAUCAGUGGGUGGCAGUUUGAUGAGCCUCGGUAGUGCUGAGCGUCGCAAAGGAAUAAAAAAGUUUGCCAAAUCCAUUGGGUCCAAGAUGAAUCUAAAGGGAAAGAAAAAAGGGGGACAUUCUGAAGAUGAUGCUUCCUCAAUAGGAAGCGUAGGGAGCUUAAAGAUCAGAAGCAAUAAUUUAGGGAAAUUUAGAAGUCGACAAACUUUAGAGGAUGCUGAUCCAGGCGUUGUCAGUGAAGACGAAGAUGAGUUUACGUUUGAUGACCUUUCUCAUAAAAGUUCUGCGAGUUCUUUAAGCCAAUCAGCGAAUAAUAGAACAGUUUCUCCUGUUGUAAAAACAAGUGAAAAUCCUUCACCUACAGAAAAUAUCAAACGUAAUAAUUUGACUGGCGGAAUAGCACCUGUUAAACCACCAAGAUCGGACCAGAAACCGCAAGACGAAUGGGAAUCAAAACUCUUAGGAAACAAAUCAAAAAGUACUUUACGACCUGGUAGUAGUGAAUCUUUGAAUAGAAGGUCAUGGGAUUCAUCAAAAUUAGCCUCCCAAAUAGAGGAGGAACCAAGUGAAUUUUUAGAUGUCCCGAUUAGUAAACAAGAUACUCUUAGUCUUAAAGCAAAUUUGCCACCUGCCUCUCCCAAAAAAGAGGAAAAAGAAGGAAUGUUUUCUAAAUUCAAACACUUUAGAAAAGAGAAAACUGAAUUUACCCCAGAACAUGAUAAGCCACUUGGUAACUCAACUGAACGUAUUAUUAUAGGCGGAGAAAAUGAAUCACGUGCACCAAUACAGAACAAUCGUAUAUCCAAUGAACUGUUGCAGAAAUUCGAAGGAAAGACAAGAGAGGAUUUAAUAUUGGCUUUGUGUGAAACUCAAAACGAUUUAGAAAAGCAGAAGAAGAAAUUGAAGGAUUUGGAAGAUUAUUUGGACGAUCUGUUGCUAAGAGUGAUGGAAACUACACCUAGAAUCUUACAAAAUCCAUACGUAACUUGCAAAAUGUCACACAAGUCAUUAAAGAAUUUUUUAGUUGAUGCUUGGGAAAGCAGAAAUACAUCACACUAGAGCGGUCUAUUGGAAGAAGAAAAAAGUAAUUUUACAAUUUUCAGUUUUGACACCAUUGAGUUUAUAGAAUAUACACUAACCUUUUUAUGUAUUUAUUAUAAAAUUUGACAUUUUCCAAAACAAGUGCGAAUGGUAUUAUGAAAUAUUAUUUUUAGAUACUCAAAUUAUUAAAAUAUUUAAAAUGAAUUAUUUAUAGUCGAGUCUUUUUUCAAGUACCUUUAAAGAUAUAUUAUUUGUGAAAAUCUUAUUAAUAAUCUUCAACAUGUAUUAGGUAUUCUAGUCAAAGUUUUGUUUUUUUUUUUUUUCAGUGUGCUUGGCUUUUUGUACCAAAAUACAAACAUUUUUUAUUAAACUAAAGAACUGACUGACUAGCCAACUGGUUUUAAAAUUUGUGUUGAAAUUUUUUAAUAAUCAUUAGAUCUGUUUUUUCUUAAGACAAUCUCUUUAUGUUGCAUUUUAUUUUGGCCAAAAUAUUUUCAGAAUAAGUUGUAAUUAUGUCAAAGUAAAAUUUAUCAUAUUUGGGAUUUGGUGCUAAAUAUAUUCCAUCGGUUGUUUACCGUCAAACUCAUUGUAUACUUUUUAUAUAGCUAACUCGUUACAUCAUAGUAAUUUUUUUAAGUAAAUUUUCUAUCACAUCUGAGGUUGUAGUAAUUAUUGUACAAAAUAGAGUUGUUUAUAUGUGUAGAUUGUUGAUUUACUCAUAUGUGUAAAGCUAUAUAAAAGAGUAAAAAUUAUAUAUUUAAUAUUUUUUAUAUAUAUCGUAUUAGUUGAAUUUUAUUAUUAACACUAUUAACAACUAGAUUGUAGAACUCCAAAUAUUUCAAAUUGUACAGAUUUAACAUAUACAGGGUCGGAAAGUCCCCAUGGUUCAUCGGCCGUUACGUG